UCGGUCAGCUGAGCCAGGGUGCGGCCACGUGAUUCCGGGUGUGUUCACGUGAUCAGUUGCCGAAAUCAAUUCAGACCAGAGUCUUCCAUCAACAAUGGUUCGGUUCCAGUCUGUCUUCGGUCUGUUUCUUCUGGCAGUUUUCGUCAGUAAAGGGCUCUCCGGGGUCCUGGCGGAGGGGAAAGAAGCGUGGGACUACGUGGAAGUGAGGGACGGGGCCCACAUGUUCUGGUGGCUGUAUUAUGCUGACAGUCCGUCCGCUACCUACGCCGACCUGCCGCUGGUCAUGUGGCUCCAGGGGGGACCAGGAGGAUCAGGAAGUGGCUUUGGGAACUUUGAGGAGAUCGGACCGUUGGACAGGGAUCUCCAGGCCAGGAAGACCACCUGGGUCCAAUCCGCCAGUGUGUUAUUCGUGGACAAUCCAGUGGGAACCGGUUUCAGCUACACCGACAGAGAUGAUGGCUUUGCCACAGACGUGGCCACGGUGGCCUCAGACAUGCUGCUGCUGCUCAGACGCUUCUUCACACAGAAACCUGAAUUCCAGAGGAUCCCCUUCUACAUCUUCUCUGAGUCGUAUGGAGGCAAGAUGGCAGCUGUCAUCUCCUUGGAGCUCACCAAAGCCAUAGCCAAAGGAUGGCUAAAAUGCAACUUUGCUGGCGUGGCACUGGGGGACUCUUGGAUUUCUCCUCUGGACUCGGUGAUGACCUGGGGACCGUACCUGUACACCACUUCUCUGCUGGAUGACUUUGGCCUUGCGGAUGUGAACAAUGCAGCAGAGAAGGUGAAGCAGGCUGUGGAGCAGCAGCAGUUCCUGAAAGCCACCGAGCUAUGGUCGGUGGCGGAGACGGUGGUAGAGCAGAACACCAACGGAGUCAACUUCUACAACAUCCUGACCCAGGAACCGGACGAAAAACUGGUUUCUUCUGCAGGACUGGACUUAAUCUCUCUGCAGGCUCGUCGCCACAUCCGACCUCUCCACAGACAGUCACUCAGCCAGCUCAUGAACGGACCAAUCAGGAAGAAGCUGGCCAUUAUCCCUCAGAACGUCACCUGGGGAGGUCAGGCUGAGGACGUCUUCAGCAACAUGGCAGGAGACUUCAUGAAGCCUGUGGUGGAUGUGGUGGACCAGCUGCUGGCCGCCGGAGUCAACGUCACCGUCUACAAUGGACAGCUGGACCUCAUCGUGGACACUAUGGGUCAGGAGCUGUGGGUCAAACAGCUGAAGUGGGAAGGACUUCCUGGUUUCAACAACCUGAGGUGGACCCCCCUGGAUGAUCCGGCCUCUCCAGGUGUUACUGGAGCCUUCUGCAAGACUUAUAAGAACUUCAGCUUCUACUGGAUCCUCAAAGCCGGUCACAUGAUCCCCUCUGACCAGGGACCCAUGGCCCUGCAGAUGCUGAACAUGAUCACCCAGCAACACUAAUGCUGCUGCAGCUGGAGCGUGCCGACAAUCACUGUGAUCACAUGAUCUUUCCACAGAUUUUCUCUGCUUCACCAAACUCAGAUCAUCAUCUAACCCUUAAUUUGUAUCAGCUGCUGAAUCAAUAAAAAUGAGUUUUUUUGUAAA